AUGCAACAACGAAUACGCAACUACGGGAAGAGCCGCGGAAAUGAGAACGCUAACGCGAGCGCUUGCCCGGCUCGCUCCUCGGACACCAAACUAAUGCAGUCCCUCGUCGCACUAGCCUGGUACUCGGAACUGAUUGUCCAAGAGCACAGUGCAGUCAAGGCCAUGUCGAGCAUCUGCUCUCGCCUUGAGCAAUACCAGGUAAAACUGGAAAAGACAGCUGAAGCAGCUACAGAGGCACAUGCACAGGUCAAACUCGGGACGGACAGACUAUCUAACCUCUCGCAACAGCUAGAACAGGAUGCCGCCAAUAUCAGGGAGACCCACCUAGGUCUACGGACCAUCUCCGACAAUUUCGACAGCAUAGUUGCCGACGCCGGACAGUCCAUGAGGGAGGCCGCUGAGACCUUCAUUGAAGCACACAAGCCCGACCACACUCCGCAGGUAAGCAACAUUUCCCAACCCGCAUCACUGACCUAUGCCGCAGCAGCCAGCCAAGCCCUCCCCGCCACGCAUGCACAGACCUUAGCCAGAGAAAAAACCCGUGCCUGCCAGGUCAUCGUUGACGGAGCUACUUGUAAGCACGCUGACAGCACAGGCCUGAACGAGGACGAACUCCUCGCCAAGGCAAACACUGCGACCGACCUAAUGGGAGUGGCGCGGUCAGAUGCCCCCCCGGACUUCAAAUUUAAAUCAGUCAACUGCAUGCGCAACGGAGGAAUUGCUUACACCUUAGACAGCCCAGAAUCAGCUAAGUGGCUUCGUACUCCCGACGUGAUGAAAAGCUUCUUAGAACACUUUGGUGACCAGGCCUCCCGCGUGAAGGCGCACAUGUACUCGGUCCUCAUCGAGUUUGUCCCUGUAGCUUGCAACCCAGACAACAGUGGCUACCUCCGGGUCAUUGAGGGCUCCAACAACCUCAACCCGAACGUGAUAGAAGAAGCCCGCUGGAUUAAACCCCCAGAAUGCAGAGUGAAGGGUCAAAAAGUCGCUCACCUCAUCGUACGCUUCAAUAAUCCGAAGGCCGCUAACCGCGCUAUAUGCAACGGUCUCGUUAUAGCCAGUAAGCAGGUCUCGGCGAGAAAGCUAAUCCGAGAGCCCCGCCGCUGCCUGAAGUGUCAGCAGAUCGGAGUCCCACACCUAGCUAGUGACUGCAAACAGAUCCACGACACCUGCGGGAACUGUGCCUCAAUCUCCCACAGGACCUCUGCGUGCGAGGCAGACCCUACAGACUUCAGAUGCAGCAACUGUAUCCGGGCAGGACGUGUGAAUGCGGAUCAUGCAGCUUGGGACUGUGACUGUCCGGUUUUCCUGGAGCACUGUUGCCGCAUGGAAGAACGCCAACCAGAGGCGAAGUACCGCUUCUUCCCCACUGAAGACCCAUCUACCUGGGAACUAACAGGACAGCCACUGAUGCCAGCCGCUCCCCCCUACCGCCGCAUCCCUACGCCCGAGCGUAAGGAGCCACCAUUGCAGAACUGGGCAGAUGAGGCAGAUAACCUCUACCCACAACCCAACCUUUUCCCUCGCCCAUCACAGGCCCGCCGGGCCAGCGAAGCAAGAAGCUCCCAGAAUGCAUCACAGCCACGGCCCCAACUCCACCAGACAUUCAUACACCGCUCGGGCUCCCGGGCAUCAUUCAAGAUCUCAUAUGGCAGAGAUUCCCCCCUGAACCUGAACAAGUCGCUCACAGCACAAUCAGCCUUCAUCAAUUCCUUUUCCACCUCCGACUUCGACAUCGUUCUCUUACAGGAACCAUACCUCGAUCCCCGCACCUCCCUCACUCGUGCUACAUCACACUGGAUAGUGGUAUAUCCCCAUACCCACUACUCUGAAGCUAGAGAACGCACACGCUCCGUCAUCUUUGUCGACUCCCCGGACAUUACUGCCAUCUCCCUGCGCACUGUGUCCGGCCCACUACACAUCUUCAACAUCUACAAUGACCAACAUCACCAGGACUCCAUCAAUCUACUCGCGCAAGCCACCAUGCAACUCGCACAACCAGGAGAAGCGGAAGCGAACGUAAUAUGGGCAGGAGAUUUCAACCGACAUCACCCCAUGUGGGACGAGGAACGGAACCAUCACCUUUUCACCCAGGAAGCUCUGACGAUGGCCCAGCCCCUUCUCGACAACAUUGCAGCCUUUGACCUCACAAUGCUCCUCGCCCACAGCACACCAACGCUGGAAGCAUCACUUACAAAGAACUACACGCGCCCUGACAACAUCUUCACCUCCUCAGACACGGCCAGCCAGCUCUUGUCAUGUGACACCAUCCCCACACUCCACCCUCCAUUCACCGACCACAUUCCCAUCUCACUUACACUGGACGUCUCCACACACACAAUGCAGGAGGGCCCACGUCGGAACUUCUGCGAGGUUGAUUGGGAGGAUUUUCGCUCGUGCUUGAAGAGCAACCUGAGCUCCCGCAUGCUUGGGGAAGGGGAGAUCUCUACUCCAGAGCAGUUCAACACUGUCCUGAAGAACUUGACAGAUGCCAUCACUGCGACGAUUGAAGAAAAGGUCCCACUCUCGAAACCAAUGCCGUUCACAAAGCGUUGGUGGUCCAAAGACCUCACCAAGUCUCAGAAAUGUGUACAACGCCUUGCACGAACCUCCCACAAAUUCCAGCACAUUGCAGACCACCCAUCGCACACGGAAUACCGCAAGACAUGCAACCGAUAUGGUGAGGAGAUCAAGUCUGCCAAACAAGACCACUGGGAGGCGUGGCUGGAGUCUGCAGACCCAGACUCUAUCUGGACGAUCAACCGAUUCACUUCAGCAGGACCGACAGAUGGUAGCCGACCGCGAGUGCCCCCACUGAGGGAAGGUGGUGAGCCACCUGUAGAUGACAACGCAGCCAAGAGCGCAAUUCUGUACAAGACCUUCUUUCCACCCCCGGGUCCCCCACCGACCAUACCCAAUGGCCACAGAUAUGGACGCCCUGCAUUCCGCUUCUCCCCUAUCACAGAUGCACAGAUCGAGGCCGUUAUCAAGAAGCUGCGUGAUCACAGGGCACCGGGGCCGGACGGCGCUCCUAAUAAGGUAUACAGACACUGCAUAGCCUUACUCCUUCCACAUCUAGGUCAUCUCUUCCAUGGAACCUUCAACCUGCAGGUCUACCCUACUGAAUGGAAGACAUCGAACACAGUGGCCCUACGGAAGCCUGGCCGCCCAGACUACUCCGUAGCCAAAUCCUACCAUCCUAUCAUGCUCCUUAACUGCAUCGGUAAGAUCCUAUCUGCGUGUGUUGCUAACAUCCUUGUCUACGAAUCAGAAGCACACAACCUCCUUGCCCGCAACCACUUCGGAGGUCGCCCAGGCCGACACACCACAGACUCUCUCCACCUGCUGGUCAAAUCUGUCAAGGAUGCGUGGAGACAAGGGAAAGUAGUUUUCAUCCUCUUCCUGGACGUCAAAGCUGCCUUCCCCAGCGCAAGCCUAGACCGCCUUUUCCACAAUAUAAUUCUCUUCGACGACUUCAAAUCGGCACUCUUCGAGAUCCUCAGUGACAUAGACCAAGGCUGCCCCCUCUCCGUCAUCCUUUAUGAGUUCUACAACUCUGAUCUCUUUGAGAUCGCCUACAGGGUCCCCCACUCACUAGUGCUUGGUUACAUUGACGAUGCAGCGAUCAUUGCCACAGGAAAGGACUACACAGAAACACACGCUACGCUCUGCAGCUACAUGAAUGGUCGUAACGGCGCGAUGACAUGGUCUAACACCCACCAGUCGGAAUUCUCACUCGACAAGUUCGGCCUCCUCAACAUGUCUGCAACAUCGCACGACCCGGGCCAGUCACUCCGACUCUGUGCGGCAACAAUCGAACCUGCAGAGUCGCACAAAUUCCUGGGCAUCAUCAUCGACCGCCGCCUCCGAUUCCACGAACAACAUGCAGGGGCACUAGCGAAAGGCACCGCCUGGAUACAGCAGUUCCGACGUCUUGCCAGAGCCUCUGGUGGCAUACCCUUCUCACACAUGCGACACCUCUACCUUAGCAUAGCGGUUCCACGCUUACUAUAUGCAGCAGACGUGUUUCUCACCCCCAUCAGAAAAGUCCCAGGCCGAAAGACGAUGUACGGAUCUGUCGGUGCGAUCAAGCUGAUGUCACGAGUGCAACGCCAAGCUGCUCUCCUUAUCACAGGUGCAAUGAGAAUGACGGCGAGCGACAUGCUGGACACACAUGCCAACCUCCUUCCAUUCCCACUCCUGGUCGACAAGCACUGCCACCGCGCAGCUGUCCAUCUGUGCACUCUCCCUCCGGAACACCCGCUACAUGUGCAUGUGAAGACAGCAAGCACACGCUUUGUCAAGCACCACCAGUCCCCAAUCCAUGAACUCCUCCAUGCCUACCAACUACAGCCGGACACCAUCGAGACGAUCUCCCCGGCCCGCUUCCCGCCAGCAUGGUCUCCCCCCUUCCAAGUCUCCAUCGCUGGCAGCAAAGAUGAUGCCCUGAAGGACGAAGCCCGAUGGGCAGGAAAACAAGGCAUCCAUGUCUACUCAGAUGGAUCGGACAUUGACGGGAGAGUCGGAGCGGCCGCCGUGCUGUACAGACGAGACCGUGCGGCCCCCAAGACCCUGCGUUUCUACCUCGGAAAGUCCACAGAGCACACAGUAUACGAAGCAGAGGACGUCGGCCUCAUCCUGGCCGUCAAGCUACUCCACAACGAGUUCAUUGUCUACACUGCCUCGUGUGCAGCAGACAAUAAGGCAGCAGUACGAGCAACUCAACUACGACGCCCCGCCCCCAGUCACUACCUCCUUGACAUGCUGCACGAGGACAUCAAACGACUCAUCUGA